AUGACUGCCGUUACACCCUCGAGAUCCGGUGUCUCGCCAUCCAGCUCCCCUCGCCUACCGUCUCCUCCGCCAAUCCCAGAGGUCCAAUUCGGCCCUAAAAGCCCGGGUGUUGACCUCUCCAAAGAAUUAUCGCUUGAAGCAACAUCGAAACCAGACGAAGGAGCAGCAAGGAGGAUAAGGCCGGGAACAAAAGCUGCAGACAUGGCUCUGGGCCCUCCUCUAAUUCCAUUGAGCCAGCUUGACUCGCCAUUCCAACUUCAAGAACAUCUCAAAUCCCUGUACGCUCACCUCACUCACACGCCGGAGUCCACACAUACCAUUCCAAUCACAAAAGAGUCUGCGCUGCAACUUGCCACGCCUCCACAAAUCAAUGACAACGAGUUCGUGGAUAGAAACCUGUGGCUGUAUGAACUCUGUCGAUUUCUUACUCAAAAAGCCAACAUUGUCUCAAUAUUCCUGAUGAACGACACCCCGCCCUGUUCUGCUCAGACGUGUCCUGAAAUGCGUGCCAGUGAAUGGCAGUAUCUCUGUGCCGUACACGAGCCGCCCAAAUCAUGCUGUGCUAUCGACUAUUGCAACCACACCCUCGAUUGGGCUGCGAAUGUGCUAACCAGCCCGAAGCAUUUCCCCUCGCGGUUGGCGCUGGGUUCGGAAGCAGGCAAUGUCAUGCAAAGCAUGCGACAACUAACCAAUAUCUUUCGGCGAGUGUAUCGUAUAUUUGCACAUGCUUGGUUUCAACAUCGUGAUGUUUUUUGGUCUGUCGAAGCUACAUACGGCUUGUACGUGCUUUUCAAAGUCGUUUGUGAUGAGUACCAUCUCAUCCCCGAGGACAGCUAUACAAUUCCAACCGAAGCUGAAGGAGUCCAUGAAGCCACUAUUGAUCGUGAAGGUGGGCUACGGCCACAGAUCCUUCAGAGAGACAUUGCAGGGGGUUCCGCGUCAGACGAGUCCUCAACUGGCUCCACAUUACCCGAUAUCACUAUGCCGGUGGCCGCGACGACAGUCAGCACGGGCGCAACGACACGAAGACAUAAACACACCCCAAGCACUGGGAGUCAUGUAGCCACUAUCGCUGAGGGCCAAGAGGAGGAGGAAGAGCAUCCGAAAAGCAGUAUAGCCGCGCCGAAGAAUCCACCCCCGCCACCUCAACUUGUCGAGAUACCAGAAAGCAACGUCUCGCCUCCAAAAGGGGAUAACAGGGGAAAGGUCAGGAAUAAAGGUAUUUCCCCUGAGCGUCUCUUGCCAAAGCUUGACAUUACCUCCACCGUGCCGAAAUACGAGCCUCGUACGUCGGAGGAUCCCACCCCCACUGGCACAACGGAGGAUAUUGACCCGUUGUCCGUGCAUAUGGAUUCCCAAAAUCCUGAGCCAUCAUCCACGACAGCAGGCGGAGAUGUUGACCCGAACACGAUCGAUAUUACAGCCACCACGAACGACAAAGAUAGACCAAUGACGGUAGAAACACCCAUAGAACAAACAAUCGACCCAUUCCAAGAUGAAGGUGUUCAGAAAAUCACGUCCCCUUCCGGUGGCUCGAUAAGGACGAGUGGAAAUGACGUUCUUGGGGCGAUACUUGGCCAUAUUCACGAUCUGGACGAUGAAAAUUUGAUCGAUUCUCAGAGGCAAAGUCAAGCUACUGACAGUGCGGCAACAGUGCAGAUGAGGGAAGCGGUCGUUGGUAAGAGUGCAGGGGAUAAGGAUGAUAAAAGUGUUGAGGAUAAUGAAAGUAUGAGUCCAAUUCGGACGGAGCCCACGUCAUCAAUUGGGCCCGAGGAUGAGUCUUUGCCAGUCGAUCAUGCUGAAGUUGAAGCCAAGACGAAGGAAGAAGAGCAUGAACCUCCAGUCGAUGAAGUGAGAAUCUCGGUGGAGGAAACCACGGAUGACCUCGAGUGUGAUACGCUGCAAGAAGACGACCAGGCGGAACGGGGCGAGACGGGGAAUAGCAAUGAAGGCUGA